ACUGCACUAUCCAUCGGAUAGAGAUUUAUCCAGUGUAUAGCGUUAUCCAUCCUUCGAACAACCGGGGCCAGAUGGGCCCAUCAUCGCCCAUAUUCCUUUACUCGAGAAGCUUGUUUUUUUAUCCAUAGUUAAUCCCUCUACGGGGUCAAAAUUUUGUGACGUGACAAACGCGCAGCCGUAAACGGUACCCGUGAGAAAAGGCGGAGCCAAAUAUUACAUCCAUGCAUGUUAUGAGAUUGAAACUGUAUCUUCAUCUGCCUAACCCAAUAACUUGACCCAAUAGUUUAAGCGAAAAGUGUGCGAGAGGCAAAAAAAAACACAAAAAAAAAGCCAAAAAGAGGUUGUCAGGGCCUCUCCGCAUUAUAUUUUUGCGGUCUUUGACAGAAGAGCCCAGUUUGAUUUGCUUCAGUGCUGCUGAUUUCUUUUAUAAAUCGAGCAGUUCUGCUUUUUUCUUUCCUUUACCGCCAUCACCUCACUAAAUGGCUCUCUCUCUCACAAAUAAUUUUCUCUCUCCCACAUUGAAUUUCGUGAAAUUUUCGCUCAUUUUAAUCACCACGGUCUUUAUUCCAACCAUACCAAUGAGAGCGACUUUACCCAUAGCCUGAUUCUCGCGCUGUUAUUUUGGCACCAGAUCACUAAACCGCGACAGCUCAGAAGUAGCCCAGCCUGGGUAUUUUUAGCCGCACCCCACCCGUGAAGAAUUUAUUACAACCGGAAUCUCUGAUUAUUUCCCAGGAGUCCAUUUGAAUACAACGGCCUGGCAGCCAGGCCUGCGGUUACAGCAUUACUUCAGUUCAGUGAAGCUCUCCUUGUAAAUAUUGGUUAAUUUUGGGUCUUUCCUUACUUUUCUAUCGCAUUGGUCACUAUAUAUCACAAACAUGAUGGACGAGGAGUUGAUGUGCGAAAGUUUGAUGAAAUGGGUCAGUACCUUUGAAGGAAUAAAAGCUCCGCAUAAAACUAUCGACGAAUUGGCUGAUGGCGUUGCUCUUUCAGAAUGUUUAGCCGAAAUUGCUCCAGAUUGGUUUGAUGAUGAGUGGGUGUCCAAAAUAAGACAUGAUACUGGAGAUAACAGAAGACUGAAGGUAAAUAACCUCAAGAAACUUGUGAAAGGAAUCCAUGAUUACUACACUGAGGUGCUCACAAUGGAUAUCUCAGGAUUUCCCAUGCCUGAUGUUAAUGCCAUCGUUGAGAGUCAGGAAAUCUCUGACCUUGGUAGAUUAUUACAGUUAGUUCUUGGCUGUGCUGUUAACUGUGAAGAUAAGCAAGAGUAUAUUCAGGUUAUCAUGUCUAUGGAAGAAUCUGUACAGCAUGUGGUUAUGAUGGCAAUACAAGAGCUCAUGACAGGAAAAGAAAGUGGUGUGCCUGGGGCAGAUAGUGAAAUGUUUAAAGAAUUAGAGAUACAGCAUAAGAGAACACUCGAACAGCUUAGUAGUAUGGCAGCUGAAAAAGAAGAAUUAUCACAGAGAUGUCAUGAAUUGGAUGAACAGUUGUCCUUCAUCAAGGAACAUGAGAGUAGCUUACAGUUGGAAAAUGAGCGACUCAGAGAUAAGCUAAGUCAGCAAGACACAAGUGGCGACAGAGAUGAUGACAUCAGUUUUUCCACUCAAAGAAUGCACCAGCUUCAGCAACAAGUAGAACAACUCAAGGAAGAAAAUUUCACCAUGGAAACUUCACGUGAUGAAUUCAAAAUUAAAUAUGAACAGUUGGAAAGGGAUGUUCUGAUGUUGAAUGAACGGAAUGAGCAACUGCAGAGCUUAGCUGAAGAAUCUCAGAUGCUGAAAGAUGAAAUGGAUGUCAUACGGCAUUCCCAGGAGAAAGUGAUUAAGUAUGAAUCAACAAUAGAACUUUACAAGAAGAAAUUAGAGGAAUUGUCAGAUAUGAGGAAACAGAUGAAGGCUUUAGAAGAGAAAAAUGUGACAUAUAUGAAAGAAACCAUGAACUUACAAGAGGAUCUAAGAAAAGCCAAUGCAUUAAAAUCUCAAGUUGACACAUACAAGAAACAGGUACAUCAGUUGCAGGUGCAGGUGUCAGACUUACAAAGAAGAGCAGACAAGGCAGAGUUUGAGGCAAAGAAGGCAAAAGAGAAGGUCACAAACCUUGAUGGAGAAAAUGAACGUCUAAGACAGGAGAGAAUGAAAUUGAAAGAAGAAAAUGAGGAGCUUCAACUUGCCCAAGUAGCAGGUUCUCCAAUGCGUCAGAUAUCUGCAGGGACCCCUUCAAGUGACGAUUUUGAUCUGGGUGGCUCCAUGUCCCCAGAAGUGAAGGAACGUGUUCUUCGUCUGGAACAUGAAAAUAAGAAGCUUAAAGAGCAGAUGCAGGGCGAGCAAGAAGAGCAGAACCAGCUUCUUCAAAGUCUCCUCAAUGAUGCUAAUGAAAGAAAGGAUCAACUAGAGAAGGAGAACAGGGAAUUGAAUCAGAAGCUUAUGGAGGUAGAAAGCGAACUAGAUGACAUGAAAAAUCAGAAGAAUGCAGGGGAGAUGGAAAAAGAUAGCGAACUUGGCAAGAAAUACACGGAUCAUUUAGACAAACUCAAAGUCGCAAAUGACGAACUGCAGAAAAAGAAAGCAUACAUUGAUAGUUUGGAACCGAAAGUGUCAAGUAGUGCGGAGAAAGUAAAUGAAUUGCAAGAACUUCUGAAUAAGAAAGAUCAAGAGAUGAAGGUCAUGGAAGAUCGGUACAAGAAAUACUUGGAGAAAGCUAAGAGUGUAAUAAAAACUCUCGAUCCGAAGCACAGCUCGGGCGCGCAACCAGAGGUUCAAUUGCUUAAAAAUCAAGUUCAAGAAAAGGAGAAAAUUAUAGAGCAUUUGGAGCGGGAUCACGAGAAGAUGAAAAUCACAAGAGAAAGAGAAGAGAAGCUUAUUGUCAGCGCUUGGUAUGAAAUGGGCAUGCAACUCCAUAGAAAAGCUGCUGAGGAAAGGUUAUCAGGGAACUCAAGUGGAAUGUCCUUCUUAGCUCGACAAAGACAAGCUUCCAGUCGCCGCUCAACGCCAAAUAGAACGCAACAGGCUAACGCUGUCUCGUCUAGGGAUACGUAGCAGUAGCCUGAUAAAUGGAAUUCAUUGCUGUUCCUUUCCUCCUUUAUAAUAUUUAACAAUGAGUAACCAGCUGAGGAACCAGCGUUCAAAUAUGAAACGCACCGUCAGGGUUCGUUGUCUCAAGAAUUGUGGACAAGAAAAAAUCGAAAAGUCUGCGAAACUCAGGUUGUGCCCAACCAGUAGCGGUGAAACCUUUAAUUGCGAAUAAAUUCUAGUUUCUUUUUUACUUAAAUCUCCUUUGAUUGACCGGCUAUUUUGGAGAUGAACAGUACAAAAUAUAAGACACAUUUUUAACUCUAUCUUUAGACAAAUUCCUAACUUUGAUUAUUUCUUACGCUUUUGUGUGGCAUGGGUAAGAAUUACAUUUUACCUUUCGAUUUAGUUUUGUUUAACUUAAGAUAAAUAUUUCCUACGGGGUAAAGAAUAAGAGAGGCGGGUGAAAAGCGUAUGACUUAUUUACUCUGAGAUUCGUUUAAGGCAAAUCAGCAAUGUGCUGAGUUCGUUUUGGGAGAAACAAAUUUAUCGCAGUGGAAAAUAACGGCAGCUAUAUGAAAUUUACUACACAGCGUUGUAUUAUAGCUAGUGUUUCGUGUUGUUUUUUUUAAAUGUAGCCCCUGGUAAAAGCCAAGAGAGUUUAAUCAGCUUGUUCCUUUGUAUCCAAAAAACGAAAUUGGGAUUAAUGCGUGGAGAAGACUAUCGCGCGGCGCUGAUUUUUAAUUUCCUCUCUUAUAUAGUCUGGGCUCGAUAGUCCCUUCCAAAAGAAACUUUUGUAGCUGGAAUCUGGUAAUUCAAUUUGAUGGGUGUUUUUAUGAAAAUUAUCAAACUUGAUUUUGGUUAAUGAUGACACAUCAAAACCUGUCGGUGAUAGAACUUGAAAACGAGUCGCUCCCGGUUGAUCCAAUUUGAAAAACGUGCAGAGAAGUUUUAUGACAUAAUUUGUAUAGUCAGUAUUUAUCGCAUUAUAAAUUAUUGUGUUCUUCCCCUUGGACCGCCAUUUUCGUGCCCAACACAAGGAAAAUUAUGAUUAAACCUACCUCUGAAAAGUAUUAUGCUGUAAGUGAGAAGUUAUCUUGCAACUCGAUUUGAAUUAACUCACUAUAGUUUAAAAGUAUGUCACUCGUUUUUUUUGUUUUUUUUUUAUGAUUUCAGAAUCAACUGCUUUUUAUCUUGCACACAAAGAUAAUAAUUUGUAUUAGCCAACUCUCACUAAUCCAUAAACGUGGACGCCACAAAGACAUUUUUUUUCUCUAUAUUAGCAGUCAGGCAAAUGCCACUUUCCUUUAUAAAGUUUAAACGCUACAACGAAAAAGACAGAUGAAAGCUGUCUUCGAGGUUUGUUCUAUUGUCUUCAGGGAAUUUCAUCUGUUUUUAGAAGAAAGAAGAAAAAAUCGAUCUUAAGAGGGGAAUACAUGGAAGAUUUAUGUUACUAUGAAGAGGCCAGCUCUUUCUUGAAAAUUUUUUUGCGGAAAUUAGUUUUGGAAAGGUAAAACACACCAAAUCGUCUCCACGUAAACCGGUAUAUUUUAUUGUAUUUAUUUGUAGUAAUAUUCAUAGUGAACCUCUCUUUGUUUGUCAGCAACUAUAAGUCUUAUUUUGUCAAAAAGGAACUGUUUGAAGAAAGUUAAUUACUAAUUUUAAAGGAGCAGUCAAUUCCUUGUUUAAUGAGAGUAACCGGGGAGACCUCGAAUAUGUGUUAACUGGUUCUACGUGUAUAAUAAGGUCGAGUAGAAAGAUUGUGCGACAUUAUUUUUGUAAAUGAGUCAAAUAUCCCAGGCUAGUAAAGAAAUGAAAAUGUACCACCCAC